GAGGAAAAAAAAAAAAACUCAGAGAGACAACAAUCAAAUGGCCAUGAUCACGCGCAACACCGCCACGCGCCUCCCUCUCCUCCUCCGAUCUCAACGCGCCGCCGCCGCGGUCUCUCACAUCCACACGUCCCUACCCGCUCUCUCCCCAUCGACGUCGCCGACUUCCUACACCAGACCAGGUCCUCCUUCGACCUCAUCUCCUCCUCCGCCGGGUCUCUCGAAGACGGCGGAGUUCGUGAUCUCGAAGGUCGAUGACCUCAUGAACUGGGCUCGCAGGGGAUCGAUCUGGCCCAUGACCUUCGGCCUCGCGUGCUGCGCCGUGGAAAUGAUGCAUACGGGUGCUGCUCGCUACGAUCUGGAUCGAUUCGGUAUCAUCUUCAGGCCUAGUCCUCGUCAAUCGGAUUGUAUGAUUGUCGCCGGGACGCUUACUAACAAGAUGGCUCCUGCUCUUCGCAAGGUUUAUGACCAAAUGCCGGAGCCAAGGUGGGUGAUAUCGAUGGGAAGCUGCGCCAACGGAGGUGGAUACUACCACUACUCCUACUCAGUGGUUCGAGGCUGUGACAGAAUCGUGCCAGUCGACAUCUACGUCCCUGGAUGCCCUCCAACCGCUGAGGCAUUGCUCUAUGGACUACUCCAGCUUCAGAAGAAAAUCAACAGGCGCAAGGAUUUCUUGCACUGGUGGAACAAGUGAUCAAAACCCUUCUUACCAAUGCCAAAGCUUGGGGCUAAAUAAAACGUGGACGUUUCAAUGCAACGUUUAUGGUGGAGAUGCCAUGUGAAAGAGUGCACUUUUAAGUUUGUUUGUGGAAACUUGAAUAAACAUAAAAAUUCUGUUGUCCGACUCCUUUUUGUUAUAUCUACCAGUUUAUCAGCUAAAAGAUUCUUCUGAUUCUUGUUAAAUUA